UCAACGAUAGGCUCCCUGGCAACCCAAUAGUAGUCUCUGAAUUCUCCUAUUGGCCCAAUAUUUAGUCAAUCACACAUCCCUGUGCUGUGAUUGGCUUCUCUAGCAGACGUGGGCGGUAGCUCUGCCCAAAAGAAGCGUUUCCUUGUGCUGUCAUAUGCGACGUAAAAGGCAAGGACCUACAGUUCAAGAGGAUACAGAAAGUUGACAUAAAUAAGGGAAUUUAGAGCAAAUAUAUAUUUGAUUAGUUUGAAUUAUAAAUGAUAUCUUUACGUCACACCGCCCAGCUAUCUUGAUGCGGACGCUGGAGGCGGUAAUCUGUCUGUUUGUUUAGCUAGCUGCUAUCGAGCCUCCUGCUCUUCAAACACACCGCCUGCGGGGCGAUGAGUACGGAUCUGUUGUCGGACUUGGACAGCCGCUUCUUCGCGGAUAACCUGCUGACGAGCGAAGACUGGGAUGCCUGCCUGUUCCAGUGUGAGAGCAUGGAGGAGGGCGAGGACGGGGACUUCGGCCGAGGCUUGAAAUACGACGCAUCGUUCGACAAUGACCUCGUGCUCACCCUCGAUCCUGACAACCCUACGUCGCCCUGGCGACACCUUGACGACAACCUUCUCACAGCUGACGCUCCGGCCAUUAAAAACGAAAUGACAAUAACGCAGCCGCUGCCGGUGGAGAUGUUGUUUCAGGUGAAAGCAGAGCCUCCCUCGCCCACGUCCUCGCUCGAGUCCGAGUGCUCGGCCUCUCCACCUGAACCACAGAUCACCAUUAAAGGCGAAAAUCCUCCAACUCCUCCCUACAUGUACGGAGACGUGCUGUCGCCUCCUCUAGGGUCCAUGGAGGUUACCGUAGCAACAACAGCACCCCCAACACAAACCCAGAUUGCUGCGGUGACACAGACGCAGCUCCAGGCGCCGCUGACGACGCCGAUCCCGGCGGUCAUCGGCGGGCUACAGACGCAGGCUACAGUCUCUCUCAGUCCGAGCUCGGCCACGUUAAAGGCCAACACCAUCCUGAGCACCAAACCCCCCAUCCAGCCCCGACCCGUGUGCGUCGCCACCCUCCCCGUCCCCCAGACCGCCACGCCAGCCAAGGCGCUCAUACUGCAGGGCCUCCCCGCCAUGGACCAGACCAGACCUGUCGUCAUCUCUCCGUCCGUCUGCCUCGGCUCCACGCCGGCCAUCGUCAAAAUGGAGCCCGUCUCUCCCAGCAUCCCCCAGCACUGCUCCAGCCCCACGGCCCCGCCCACCAGCAAACCCAUCGUCCCGGCGACCACGACUUUGCCCGGCAACAGCUCGAACGACAUCGAUAUGAAAGUGCUGAAGCGGCAGCAGAGGAUGAUAAAGAACCGCGAGUCGGCCUGCCAGUCGAGGAAGAAGAAGAAGGAGUACCUGCAGAACCUGGAGGCUCAGCUGAGGGAGGCCCAGCAGGAGAACGAACGGCUCCGCAAGGAGAACCAGGCACUGAGGGAGAGACUGGCAGGGAAGGAGGGCGCCGAAUCAGCGAGUAACAAGAGAGCCGUGUGCGUCAUGGUCAUCCUCCUCUUCAUGACCUUCAGCUUCGGACCCGUCAGCAUCACAGACAGGAAGCUGGCGACAGGUCUGCACGAAGACGUGGUGUCGUUUACAGGACGGCGGCUGCUGGAGAUCGAACAGCACCAGCAGGCGCCGCCGCCACUUACCAACAAAGUGGAGGACAAGACGGAGACGGAGGAGGACGGAGGAGACGAGCGAUGGAAGAGAGCGGAGGCGAAAUACGCCGCAGAGCCGUAUCAGUUCAGAAACCUGAGCGACGUGUUCAGUGAUGUGAAGGACCUGGUUCUGCAGGACAUCGACCGUUACUUCACCUCCUCAGACUGCCGGCAGUUCAACCGCUCCGAGUCUCUCAGUCAGCUGCAGGUGCUUCCUGGUCCUGAGGUCACCUACAGCGACUUCCUGGACGCCAUCGACCGCAGAGAGGACACGUUCUACGUGGUCUCGUUCAGACGGGAUCACCUCCUGCUUCCGGCCAUCAGCCACAACAAAACCAGCCGGCCCAAGAUGUCCCUGGUGAUGCCGGCCAUGUCUGUAAACGAGAGCCUCUAUAACUCAUCUCAGGGCUACGAGAUGAUGAUGCAGGUCGACUGCGAGGUCAUGGACACUCGGAUCGUCCCCAUCAAGUCGUCCGCCGUUCCCCCCUCGCUCCGAGACCCACCCCCGCCUCCCCCCUCCUCCCACGGCAGCUCCAACCAUCACCACAGCAACCACACCUCGCUCCGAGGACGCCACCAGCACCACCCCUCCUCUUCCUCUCCUUCUCAGAGGCAGCCUUUACCCGCCCGCCGACGGACAGAUGAAUACUUAAUCAGCCAAUCAGAAGGAGUCUGAAGGUCGGAGGUUAAGGGUUGGAGAAAGACUUGAAGUAUAACCUCACUGUCCCUGCACCAGGUAACGGUUCCUCCUCCAGCAAACAGGAAGCUCCUCUCCGCACACGAGUCGAGCUUCCUGCCGUUUCCAAAAAGGUGAAAAUUCAAGAAAACAAAUUGAACGUGAGGACGUCCCACAAACGCCAGCAUGUUUGUAAGAACGACAGCGGCGUGCAUGCUGCGUUUUAAUGUUUAACAGCGAGAACGCAGCAUGGAGAAGCUGCUCCAUCAAGCGCCCACAGCCACACAUCUGUCACCUAAGCUCCGCCUUCUGUACCUCAUAAUUCAGACAGAGGACGAGCUGAGCUUCUUCUUUCACGUACAAACAGGAAGUCUGUUCUAAUGCUCUGAAAGAUCCGAGUAAACGUCAGAAAUAAACUUUAAAGAAUAAAUUCAGCUCAUUUACAGGAUCAAGUGUAACGUUCAUCCUUCAGAGACACCGAGCACAGCGCUGAGACGUUAACCGGCGCCAGCGUGUUUUUCACGUUUUAGUGAGUCGUAAUUCUGAGAUACAGAAGCCCAGAGGAGCUGCAGCCUCUCAGCUGUCAGUCCGGCAGCUGCUGCACGAAGCAGGAGCCGCAAAGAUGUGACGGCGUGCGUACGGCGCGAGGUGUGGCAUCUAAAAUAUCGCCAGCAAAAAGCCAAACCAAUGAAAUUCCACUGAGAGUGAAACAAAAGCAGCUCGUUUGGUACUUCUGGGUUUUCUGUGGUACAGCAGUGAAAUCGUUUCUGCGUCGUGCGUCAGCCGUCGCCUUUAUCAACGUUUUGUUUUUUAUGCUUGUUUUGGAGCGGUUAUUUAAUAGUUGUAAAUAUGAGUGUAGAUAUUUUGUCACCUUUUUACUUUUUCUAAUUUUUGUUUUUUCACAACAAAAAGUAAAAAAACAAAGAAAAAUAUUUUGUAUUUGUCGGACGGUCCGGCGUGACUCUGUGCUGGUCGUCUGAACUCGGGAUUAUCUCCUGAUCUAAAAUAUUUAUGGAUAUAUAUGCAGAUUUUUGAUCUUUAUUAUUGUACAGAAUUAACGUGUAGAAAACUUCAUACAAUUUGUUUUAUUGUGAAAAAUCUUGGCCUGUUCUGCUCACUUCCUGUC